AUGGACGCUAAUGUUUCACUUGUACCACCCUUAAAUUCAUCAGCUAUGGAUCCUUCUGGUCGAGUUGAUACUUGGCCGGCCCAAGAUGGGGAACUCGAGCAUCUUCACUCCCCUGAGGUUAAUGAGAUGAUUCAGAAUCAUCUUUCCAUCAUUCUUAAAACCCGCGUUGGUGAUCUGAACUCUGUAGCACAGAUAAGCAAGCUCGGAGUUGGACAAGUAUAUGCUGCUUCGGUGAUGUAUGGGUAUUUCCUGAAGCGGAUCGACCAAAGGUUUCAGCUUGAGAAGACGAUGAAGAUUCUUCCAGGUGGGUCAGAUGAAGGUGACACUAGCAUUGAGCAAGCUGGGAGGGAAUCAGAGAGAAGUUUCUACGGAGAAGCAGAAGAGACUUAUCAAGCUGUAUCCUCAAACCAAGAAGUUGGUUCAUUUGUGGGAGGGAUCAAUGCGAGUGGUGGUUCUAGCAGCGAAAUGAAACAGUCCCGGUUAAAGACUUACGUCAUGUCCUUUGACGGAGAAACCCUUCAGAGAUACGCUACAAUAAGAUCAAGAGAAGCAGUUGGUAUAAUUGAGAAGCAUACUGAUGCGUUGUUUGGGAGGCCAGAGAUUGUGAUAACACCGCAAGGCAUUGAUUCGUCCAAGGACGGGCACAUAAAGAUCAGUUUCAAGGGACUGAAGAGGCUUGUCUUGGAGGCUGUGACGUUUGGUUCCUUCCUCUGGGAUGUGGAGAGUCAUGUAGAUUCAAGGUUCAGUGGUACUGGUAGUAGAAGAAAAAUGCAAUAGUGAAAUUACUAAUACAUUUCUGAGGAACCAACUCUCUAUACUCGUGGAGAUUGCAUUUUUCUUGUGUCUAUUCUCUGCUUCCAAAAGCUCCAGUCCUUUGUUGAACUUGCAUAUACGGUACAAAGAUAGAAAUUAGUAAAAUUACAGGAGGGCUUGUCGCUGAGACUGGUAAUAGCUGAUGAUGUUACCAGUAGAGAAGAAUGCCUGCACCGCAAAGAACCACAUUUCUCCGAACCUUGUAGAUCUGUUGUUUAAUGUAAACACACACAAACUCGUUAGUAAGCAAUCUUAGGCAUUUCAUAGGGAAGAGACGAUACUAGGGAAGAACUAACUAUCCCGAGUGUAUGAUACUGCAUAGUGUACACAAUAAAGAAUGCUUGUCAAAGAA